AUGGUUCACUUUAUUCUCCGCUGGGAUAAUCUGAUAUCCCUCUUUAUAUACAUCCCGUCGUGCUAUAUCCUCAACGUCUUCGAAACCGAAGCUGUUAUUCCAGCAAUCCAUGCUGCGAAGCAGAGAGUAGCUUCGACGAAGCGCUCUUUGCCUGUGCAACAGCAGCUCUUCAUUGACUUCUUCGUCAAAGUCAUUGUGGGCAUUGCUUUUAUCCCUGAUGAGCUUGUACGUAUCAAUCAUCACAAUCGUGGCAGAAUGCGUCUGACGUUUGGUAUUCCAUGGCAGAUCCAGAAUCAAGACCUCUCGUCUCUAUCGGAUGCCGACACGCCCGUCGUGAACUUCAAACCCAACAGGUUCCUAACCCGAACUUGGAACGACAGCACCUCCGAUGGAUAUCAAUGGUACAGCCGGCGUGCUCAGCGGUCAAUUCGCGAUAUCUUGGGAACAAGACUUCUAUUCCCGGAUCGCGACUGUCGCCCACCCGGUUACUCAGACUUGAUCAUUGUUGUCAGGCUAGUACCGGACUGGGGGAAGAUAACCUCACUGUUUCUUUUGAUGGGAUGCCUAGUGAUCGCUUGGACGAAUAAACCUGCCCACGAGGUUGGUAUCUUUCUCGUCGUUAUCGCCGCCCUCGUGGUUGCCUACCCUGCCUGUUAUGCAUUUUACAGGCUCCUGGACAAAUACAAACUUGAUGAGGGUGAAAGCCAUGAUGCCACAUUCGCUGGUAAUGUCCGACCGCAAUCGAGGUUCCCGGAACGGACACAUGAUAGAACGAAGCCGCGUCUUCAGCAGCAUAACACGUGGAACGGCACUGGGACGGCGAUAGGAGGGCGGAUAUAUCGAACGUACUCGCUCUAUGCGCCAGUUCAAAUUCCGUGUUAUCAGGACUAUAGUGUUGGAUGGAUUAGUGCGCUCCCCAUCGAACUGGCAACCGCCAGAGCCUCGCUCGAUGAACUUUACGACUCACUGCCUGCCCCCAAAGGUGACGACAACGCCUAUUUCCUCGGCCGCAUCGGCCUCCAUAAUGUGGUGAUAACAUGCCUUCCAUCUGGCAGGUACGGCCCAGUCCCAGCUGCGGCUGUUGCAACUCGAAUGCUAUCGACCUUCCCCUCGAUCCGAUUCGGGCUCAUGGUAGGCAUUGGCGGCGGUGUCCCAAGUCAAGCAGACAUCCGGUUAGGCGAUGUGGUAGUCAGCAAGCCGUCGGUACGGUCUGGGGGAGUGUUGCGAUGUGGCAAUGAUUUUGAACAAACAAGCACACUUAACAACCCCCCCUACGUGCUAUUGAACGCCAUGUCAAACCUGCGCGCGACACAUCUCGUGGAGGGACAUAGAAUCUCUGAACUUCUCUCAGGCAUGUUAAAUCGGAACCCGGCAUUGACGGAUAGCGUCAUUCCGAAAGAGAGCGAUCGGCUAUUCGCUGCUUGCUAUGACCAUCCGGGCGAGACUGGAUCUUGCAACAGUUGUGACGAGAGGCAUCUGAUUGUCCGAAAAAACAGAGCCGGCUUAUCCCCCCAGAUUCACUACGGACAGAUCGCAUCCAUCACCCGAGUUCUGAAGAAUGGGGCAAAAAGGGACGAGAUCGCGCGAAGACUUGGAGGGACACUUUGUUUCGAGAUGGAGGCGGCAGGGUUGAUGGACAACUUCCCGUGUCUUGUGAUCAGAGGAAUCUCAGACUAUGCUGACUCACAUAAGAACGACCAUUGGCAGGGGUAUGCUGCAGCGACGGCCGCUGCCUAUGCGAAGGAGUUGUUGUCAGUGAUCACUCCACGACAGGUCACGACUGAGCGGGAAGCUUCCCAGCUGUACGCGUGA